AUGCGGCCCAGCGGCGCGGCAACGUCGUGGGUUGUGGGGGCGGACGCGCAUCUCUACGACGACCUGGACGCCGCCGCCAUCCCGGCGCUCCUCGGCUCCUGCUUCGACGGCGAUAACGUCGAUGCUCAAGCCUGUACCAGCUCCAGUUCGCCGCGAAGAUAUCCCAAAUGGAAGGUUGGUGUUAUCAUUGGAAAUGCUGGAGAAACUAUAAAGCAUAUCCAACUUCAUUCAGGGGCAAAGAUCCAAGUAACAAGGGACAUGGAUGUUCAACCCGGGUCACGGACAAGAUUGGCUGAUCUUUCGGGCACUCCUGACCAGAUAAGCAGAGCUGAGCAGUUGAUAAGUGAUGUUUUUGCAAAGGCUGAUGCUGGCUCAUUUGGCACUAUCUCUAGUUGUGUUGAGCAAUUCCAGAUGCAAAUUGCUAACAACAAGUUAGGCGACCGUGAUCUUGAGCCAAACUUUAUGGUGGAUUGUGAGAUUUAGUUCGGCUGCGCUCUGACUCUUCGUCGAGGAGCAUGCACAGUGCGGUGGUGCGGCGGCCUCAGAAGGUGGGGCACCGACACCUGCAGCUUGUGCACGCAUCUCCUGCAUCCCGCAACCUUCUCCUUCCCGGCACAGCAGGAGCAGGAGCAAGGAUGCCGAGGCGGUUCAGGUUUGCCUCCUCCUCUCUCCCCUCUGCUCUCACUCUUGUCUCCCUUUUUUGUUUCAUUCUGCAGCUUCAUUCAAGCAUAUAUUUUAAGUUGCUAGGUAUUCCAGGUAGUUGCUAUGCAUGUAUUGUAACAAGGUACAGUCAGUAUUGAUGGCACUUGGUCUCCAUAAUUUGGAUCUACAGGUUGUACACUGUUGAACUGAGAAAGUGUCUCAUUGGGGUGUGGAGUGGGAGAGGAGUGGUAUUUUAUCUAUUCAGUUUCAAGUCAGAUGGAAAAUUUUGUUUCCCUUGGUUAGUAUAUUGCAAGACAGAGCAAAACUUGAUUGUGUAUAUAUUCUGUUUUUAAACAAUUGAUCCUAAGAACGUGGUGUGUUGUAUUUCUUCUUUCAACAAAACCUACUCAGUUACUCCCUCCGUUUCAAAAUAGAUGACUCAACUUUGUAUAAAGUUAGUACAAAAUUGAGUCAUCUAUUUUGGAACGGAGGGAGUACAUUUUACCACAAAGUUGAGAAGUUGAUUAUCCUCUUAUAACGAAAUUGGUGAAAAGCCUGUACACCUAAAUACUUAUUUAGUCGAUCAGGAGUUUCUCAUGCCCAAGAUUACGCGUGCAUAGGAAAAUUAUUGUUUCCUGCUAAAUGGGGUUAAUUUCAUGCCUUUGUAGGAGAGAGGUGGGCCAAAGAAUUCCAUGUUCAACAGGAUGGUGCAAAAUUUUAGUUGGAGAUAGGCUGUCUAUGGACAUCAGGACAUGCAUGUUGUAGAUCUGCUUAUAAUAAUUUUGUAAUACUCAGAUUUGUUCAGAUUGGCUCAUUUCUUUAAGAAAUAUUAUGUCCCCUGUUUCAUGGCAGAAAAUUUUGAUUGCAUAAUAUUCACCUUCAUAAUA